AUGCACGCCCACCGUCUGUGGUUGUUCCUCUUGCACGCCAGGUGGGCUCUCCUCCAGGCGGGCGCCGCGAUGGUGGCCCCGGUGCCCCUUCGACCGUGGGGACAGCCCUCGUCGCCAUCCCCCCUCGCUUAUAUGCUGAGCCUAUACCGCGAACCCCGGCCCCGGGCGGACAUCAUCCGUAGCCUGCAGGCGCAAGAUAUGCAGGUGGAUGGGCGGAACUGGACUUUUGCUUUUGACUUCUCCUUCCUGAGCCAAGAAGAGGAUCUGGAGUGGGCCGAACUCCGGCUGCAGCUGUCCAGCCUGGUGGCCCUUCCUCCCAACAUCCCGCUCUCCAUCGAGAUUUUCCACCAGCAGAAGCUGGAUAAGAACCCACCUGACUGCCUGGAACGUUUUCGGAUGGACCUGUUCACUGUCACUCUGUCCCAGGUUACCUUCUCCUCGGGCAGCAUGGUCCUAGAGGUGACCAGGCCACUCUCCAAGUGGCUGAAGCACCCAGGGGGACUGAGGGAGAAGAUGUCCAGCUUGGCUGGAGAGUGCUGGCGGCGGCCUCCCACCCCACCUGUCACCGACGUGCUCCUCCUGCUCCAUUCCAACCUCUCCCCGGAGCAGAGGCGGCUGGGAGGCUCCACCCUGCUGUGGGAAGCGGAGAGCUCCUGGCGGGCCCAGGAAGGACAGCUCUCCCGGGAGAGGGGCACGAGGCACCGCCGGUAUCACGUGCAGGACAGAAGCCAACUGUGUCGGAAGGUCAAGUUCCAGGUGGACUUCAACCUGAUCGGAUGGGGCUCCUGGAUCAUCUACCCCAAGCAGUACAAUGCCUAUCGCUGCGAGGGCGAGUGUCCUAACCCCGUGGGGGAAGAGUUCCACCCGACCAACCAUGCCUACAUCCAGAGUCUCCUGAAGCGGUACCAACCCCACAGAGUCCCUUCCACCUGCUGUGCCCCAGUGAAGACCAAGCCCUUGAGUAUGCUGUAUGUGGACAAUGGCAGAGUGCUUCUAGACCAUCAUAAAGACAUGAUUGUGGAGGAAUGUGGGUGCCUUUGAGG